GUUUCUCUCGCUCGCUCGUCUCUCAGUCUGUGAAGGAAGAAGGAAGAGCAAUGGCGACGCUGUACCGCCGCGCGCUCACACUGCACACAGGAGCCACAACACACACUAUCUUUACUCUUGGAGGGCGCAGAGGUGAUCAAACUCAGUAAAGCAGGUAUGAUCGUGUAUGAUCACGUCUCAACCCAUGAGGAUUUCAAACCCGUCAUUUGCCAUGUCUGCAACACAGUCGUUCAGCCUCGGGACGUCCUGACUCAUUACGGUAGUUGGGGAACAGCUGAACAGUGAGAAGAGAGGAGCGCGUCCACCUCGACCCGUCCACAGCCAUGCAUAGCAAGAACCAGAGGAGACACUGCUCGCCCAGCGGCUCCAGGACUCCUCUGGUUCCUGUCAAGGCCAAGAUGUCUGCGGGUCAAAGCGAGGUGGAUCCCCUUCCCUUCCGGGUUCCUCGAGAUUACCCACACUCACGCUUCAGCAAGGCCCCGCUGGCCGUCUAUCCGCCCAAGGGAGCGCGAGCCAAGGCCUGCGUGUCUUUACCUGUGGUGAGUCUGGAAAAGAUGCCGUGUUUCAACCGAUCGGAGGGAGCGCACAUCAAAGUCAACUCUUCGUCUCCCACAGCGAGCUCUUCUCUUUCUUUCUCUUCCUCGUCUUCCUCUCCAUCAUCCGCUCCUCUCAAGUCCUCCUCCACGUCACCAGCAUCUCACAAGAUCCAGGAGAAGUUCCUGAACGGUCGAGGUCCCGGGACUCCUCGCUCCACCACGCCUCCAUCACUGAUUGACAGGCGGCCCAGCCCGUCACGGUCACCCUUGGAGAAACGCCCCGCCCCCUCACCCUCCACGUCUCCAUCCCUAUUGGACAGGAGACCGAUAGUCCCGCCUUCUCCUCCAGACAAGAAGCAUCAGAAUGGAGCCAAAGGCGGGAGGCCUCGGAGAGUCUCGGGGCGAGUGUUUGAUCCUAAUAAACACUGUGGGGUUUUAGACCCAGAGACGAGGCGGGCCUGCACUCGUUCGUUAACCUGUAAGACUCACUCUUUGACCCACCGGCGAGCCGUCCCAGGACGGAGGAGAGACUUCGACUUUCUUCUAGCGGAGCAUAAGGGACGGGCGAAGGAGAAGGAGGUGGGGCAAAAAAAGGAAGUUCAAGCAGGCAGCCAAUCAGUGCAGGUCACGCAGUCACAUGACGCAGCACCCAGCCAAUCCGCAAGCUGUACCAAUGGCAAGACCACUCCCACUCUCAAACUGAGGCUGGCCAAUUCACACUUGCACAGAGAGUGUGGUGUCGUGCUCAGCUCUGCUCCUGAACCUGCGCUCGACUGGCAGAGAAUCAGCGGAGACUCGCGUCUGUCCAGCGAUGAAGGAGAAGCGGAUCUUCCUGAAGAGACGGAGAAGCUGAUGUGCCAUUAUUCUCCACAACACCCACAACCCCUGAGCUGUUGUGCGUUCAGCAGUCGGAUGAUGGGACGAGGUCACUACGUGUUCGACAGACGGUGGGAUCGGGUCAGGCUGGCUCUUCACUGCAUGGUGGAGAAACACGUCAACUCUCUCAUGUGGAGGAAAGUCCCCCUAGCGGUGGAGAGCAUGACAAGCUCACCUGAAGUCUCUCCCCUGGGCUCAGCGUUUCUCACGGCUCCUGUGGACAGCGUCUCGAUGCUCUCGAACUCCUCCUCUCUCUCUCAUAACGGCGCUGGUGUUUUCUGCAUCAGGGACCCUGAUCCCGGACCCGACCCCGGACCCCGACUGCAGAGGAAUAAACCGGCCAGGACACCGAAAGCCUCAGGGGAAGGAGCGGGACCCAAAAGACGGAGAGCGCCUCCCGCUUCUGAAUCAGCGGCUUACAGGAACAGUGGGAACCGCUACCAUCUCCCACCGCACAUCAGUAACGGUAACGGGACGGCCGCCCUCAGCAUGCGGGGCAAGCCCCGGUUCGGCAGCGUGGAUCUGUCCCUCCCGCAGGCGCUCACCGGGGAUCACGGGGCCGUCUCGUCUCACAACACACUGUCCUACACCUCCUCUGAGGGGAAGAAGAGGAAGAGCUCUGGAUCGAGCGACAAACCCAGUAAAAGCACCAAAUCCACAGCACUGGAUGGGAUAUUCAGGAAGAGCCCCGCUCUGCUGUCGCCAGUCGAAACGGCCCACAGCGUCCUCGCCACACAGCCCAAGGUCCCUCACUGACGCUGGAAGAAAACCCUGUGGUUCCUGAGGGCCGUCUGUCCUGCCUUUAUCCCACCGCUGCCUCUGAUCGCUGUACGGUUGAGUCUCGGCGUUUGCCUUCUCCUUCCCUACAGGGCUUCUUCCACUCCGCAACCAUUAGGAAUAAACCCGUCAUUGGAGACUUUAUGGAAGAUAAAGUCUAUCUCUCGUUUCCUUUUGAAAUGACGAUAUUCACGAACUUCAGUUUCACACAGAUUCAGAAUCUUUUGAUUUAACCAGUUUCAGACAUUCAGCGAUACGAGUUUUAUUUUGGUUUUCAUGUGGAUGGAGGGAAACCCCUUCAGACUCAACCGUGUCAAUCUAAAGUGCACUUAAUUUCAUGCCUGAACUACACAAAAGGAGGGGAAAAACUACCAAGGGAAUAUUUUACACACGCUUUUUUUUUUUUUUUUUGGCAAGUUGUAUUUUUCUAAAUUGGAUGAAUUUAGGUUUUUGAGUAUUUGGUUUUUUUUGACACAAGUGUUUUGUGGGUUUAAAAAAGUCAGGAGUCGUACUCAUGUUGUAAAGCAACUUUAACCAGUGAUGAAUUUUGUAUAAUAAUUUAAUCAUCUUUAUUAAUUUUCUAACUGACCUGAUUAGUGCUUCACAUGUUGAGCAGAAGUAUAUUUGUAUGCCAUUUUCAAAAGUUUUAAGUAUUAUUGAGACCCUAUUGUUGGAAAUGUGUGUACAUAUCUUUUACUAUAAUUAUUAUUAUUAUUUUU